AUGGUCAAGAAAACUGGUCCUUCCAAGAAGGCUGCUUCCCCAUCGAAGCAGAGCAGCAACAAAAAAUCAAAUGCCCAGCCAGAAACCUCUCCACCAGCUCUUCAGAGCGAAGAGGAGCAGCAGCGUCUUCUAAAUAUCUUCUCGAGCGCUUUCAACGAGACGCUCACUUCAGAUGACUUCACAACGACGCUUCAAGAGAUAAAGCAGGCAUUGUUCAACAGAGAAUUUGCUACCGCAUUCGGGAGGGAGGAUUAUCUUGAAGCCUAUGCUGCUCGAUGGAGCCCCACACGAGCCCUUUGCUAUGCUACGGUGCUGCUAAGUAUCAAGCGUCACCUUGAAACGAUUUUGAUUCCCAACGAGGAGACACCGCGCGAGGAGUCUGAUGUUGGCCAGACUCAGGGAGAAACGACUAAUGACGAAAACGAUGGGCCGGAACAGGAUGUCGCUGCCGGAAUAGAAUCUAUCAAGCUUGACAGCACUUCUCCUUCACGGAAUGCCUCUCUACAUAUGUUGUCCGUCGGGGGUUGUGCGGCCGAGCAUAUCGCUUUUGCAUCCUACGUCCAAACCACUUCUACAUUUGGCCAUCUGACGCUUCUCGAUUCAGGUCCAUGGGCAAAGGUCGUGUCUCUCCUGGAAUCAAGUACUAUCAACCCCCCACCAAUCUCAAAGUAUGCUUCUGCAGCUCGUCAAGCAGCAAACCGUCCAAUGCUAGGAAAAGAUCAGCUUUCCCUCUCAUUUGUCCAGAAAGAUGUUUUGAGCCUUGACGUCGAUUCUCUUUCUGUUCAGUGCGCUGGUGGCGAGACACCUAUCCUCUUGACCUUACUCUUCACGCUCAAUGAACUGUACACCACGGCAGGGAUCGGGAAAACAACCAAGUUCCUUAAGAACCUAGGACAAGUCCUUGCUCCGGACAGCCUGGUCCUUGUGGUAGAUAGUCCAGGUAGCUACUCUGAAGCAGCCCUGGGCAAAGAAAAGAAGAAGUAUCCUAUGCAAUGGCUACUAGACCACACCCUUAUGGAAACUGAAACUCCUGGGUACUCAUGGGAGAAGCUGCAGUCGGACGAAUCCACAUGGUUUCGUCUUCCAGAAGACUUGUCGUAUCCGAUAGCUUUGGAGGAUAUGCGUUACCAGAUGCACUUGUACCGCCUGCAAAAACCAAUAUAA